ACUGUGUUCUGUGCUGCUCAGAAAAAGUUGUUCUCAAAAGUGUAAAAGCGUUUUGUGUGGUGCUUUUUGGUGCGUGCAGAUUUUUUUUCUACUAUAGCAAAGGCAAAAACAACAAGAGUGUAUCUCUAGCUACAUAACGCAAGGCAUCUGCAUAAAUUUAAAGAUAUAUAUUAAAGUGCUAAAAAUAAAGCGAAAUAUCAAAAGUAUCCAUUGGAAGAGUGCUAAAAGAAAGUUCUGUUAGCCAGAAGACAUCUAGCGCUUAUACAAGCAAGUUUUCCAAGAAAUAAGAAAUAACAAAACGUUUAGUGUGAUUUGAUGAUAGUGUGAAAUCUGCGUUGAGAAAAAACAGAAUUUUUGAAAUUUACGCGUUUGUGUAAGUUUUUCAAGCAUUUAUUUGAAAAAAAAAUAUUAAGGCGUCAAGUAAAAGUGUACAAAAGCGUUAAGAAAAAAUUGUUUGCAAUGCAAUAAAGUGGCGUUAGCUGUUGACUACCUACCUAUAAUCCACUUCACCACAAUUGGCUGAGUUUUCUAUUAAACAUACGUCCGCCAGUAACCACUAUCACCACCACCAUCUACUACUACCAACAACAGCAACGAGAACAGCAUAACACAACACCUUAGCGUCUGAAAUUGCAAUAGCAAGUGGCAGUUGCUGGUGGCAAGUAAUAAAAAAACAACAACAUCAACACUGGGAAUUGUUUUACAGCGAACAGCAUUAAUCAAAUGCGUUGCUAUAUGUAAAGCUAGACAACACUGCAGUAGCGAGUGAGAGAUUUGACUGCUGAAAGGGGAAGAACACCAACAACAACUGCAAUCGCGGGCAAUGCUACCAGAUGUUAAAAAAGUAAAGUAAAGCUAAAUAAAACUGAGAGAAUUAUUAAACUAUUUAAAAAAUAUGGACAUUUUACAAAAUUAUAAACAUUGCAUUUUAAUUAGAACAGACUAGAAAAAUAGCAUGAAGAAAGAACUAAAACUCCGAGACUAAAUAACCAAAAAAAAAAAAGGUAAAUCAAGUUACGAAAAUGGUAAUCUGGCAAUACUGGUGCUAAUACGACGUCACUCAUUGUCAAAUUUGCUGAGCGCAAAGUAACGGUACCACGAUAGGCGCCAUCCUAUUAUUCUAUCCAUCAUACUUGACAACAACUGCUACCUUGGACUAAGUAGACAAUUGAGUAGUAAUAUUCUCUUUCGAUGAACAAAACUAACACUCUACAAGGCUCUCAUCACGCUCGUCCUAACGUAAGCGGUUAUCGCGCCAAUCAAGAAGAAGAGAAUUCGUAUUACUAGCCAUUACUGUGCCUAUGGCGGCGACUACGUGAGACGUUUGGCAAUUAAUUGAAAGUAAAAGAAGCAGGAAAGUCUGAAGAAAAACAAAGGCAUUAUCAAACAAAAUAUCAAUCAACCGCCCACAGUAAUUAAAUUGACAUAGAAGGCUGACAGAGUUGAACUGAGAAAAAUAUAAUAAAACCCAAAACUAAAUACAAUUGAACUCAAUUCGCUUUAUUUUGAAGCCAAAUCCAAGCGACAAAGUCCAGCAGCUGGUACGACAACGUCACAGCAUAUCAAACUCUACGCUAAAAGACAGUAGGAGGUAAAAAAAAAUCGUUGAAAACACAAACACACACACACAAAAUGCAGUGCGGCCUAGAACAAAUGAACGAUUGCGAACGUUCGCCGAACCGGACCAAUCUGCGCGUCAAUUUCAAUGAGAAGGGUGCUGAGGUGAAGGAACGACGCGAAAAGUUCCUCACCGCCAAGUAUGGAUCACAUCAGAUGAGCCUGAUACGUAAGCGUUUGGCGGUUGAGAUGUGGUUGUACGAUGAACUGCAGAAACUCUUUGAUCCACCGAGUGAGGCUAUCGAUGUGGAUAUUGAUGAAAUUCUAGAUAUGGACACUGACGACAUAAGGAGAUCUCAUUUGAUUCGGCUACUGUCAGUCUGCAAGCGCCCGCAAUCCGACAUAUCCAAAUUCAUUAGUGAUUUACUUGAUCGUGCAAAAACGCUGUAAAUUAGCUGCGCUGGCGCAUUUGUUACUUUAUUUUUAUGUUUAAUACAAAGAAAAACAAAAAACAAAUAUAUAAUAUAUUUUUUCUAAGUUUAGUUAAAGAGCUAACUUUUUGAACGUAAGUUGAGUUUUGUUAAUAAUUAAAUUUUUGAAAAUUCUGCAUAAAUGUUCGAUAAAUCGAUUUUAAUUUAAUUUAAUUUAAUUUAUUACUAAAAUAUAUCAUAUGAAAAAAACUUGCAUAAUAUUUUAUACCACGACGCAUAUAAUACACACAUACAAACAUUAGCUUGUAAUCAGUUAUUUAGAAAAAACACACAGAAAGAUAUAAAAAAAAUGUGUAGUAUAACCAAAAAAUAUUCACUCAAAUGCAAAUAUCUGUAGCUAAGUAAAAUACAAAAACUCAAAGCAGAAUUAUAAUCGCAGUAAAGUUAAGUUAAUGUAAAAGAUGACUAAACGCAUGACAAAAAACGACAAAAAGUUAAGUAAACCAAAAAAGAUGUAUAAAAAUAAAAUUUAAACGAAAGUAAAAAGAUAAAUAAAUUUUAUAGCACCCAAAAACUCAAGUCUUCAGGAGUUUGUAUGUUUGUAUUUGCAAAUACGAUUAAAAUGUUGAAAAUGAAUUGCAAACACUGAGAAAAAAACAAAAGUUCACUAUCAUCAAAUCAUCUCGCAAGAUUCAUAUAAAAUGUAUGCUAGUAAAUUGUAAAGGUUUUGAAACUAUGUAUUUUUGUGCGCAAAUUUUAAAAUACAAAGAAGAUGGCAAGCACUCAGUUAUAACUUUGAAUUAUUGAAAAAAAUACCAGUAUUUAUUUUUCCGCUAUUUUUCAAUUCAUAAAAGCCGAAGCAUUUCCAGGCCACCUUUACAAUAAAUAAAACAAAAAACAAUUAUACAAAAUCUUUUUGAACCUCAAUAAAAACUGCCCUUUAUAAACCACCAAUUUUUCAAGAAUAGAUUAUACUCCAACUCUCAAAUACUUAUAGUUUUCAAAACCAACUUUAGAAACGUGCUAUCCAGUUGUAUUUCACAUACAUAUAUUCAUGCCACAUUGGCAAACAGAAUUAGUUCUGGUAGUUUUUGAAGAUCAAAUAUAUACAAGAUGUAUGUAUAUUAUUUGAGGUUAGAUUUCAAAGGAUCUGCAAUUGAGUGUUGGUAAUUUGAAGCAAUCUAACGUAGUGUUUAUCCAACUUAUACGAAUUCAUUGCACAGAAUUUUCAUAGGGAUAUUUUACAAUCUACAUAUUUGUAUGUAAUUGCUUAGUAAGUUUAUGUAAUGUAUUAUAAUUUUUCCCAUUUAUUAAUUAUUGUGAAAAAUAUGGGUGAACGAAAAUUUGUAAAGUAGAGUUGAUCACCAAAAUAUAUAAGAAAGCUCAGGUUCACUGCCAAAUGAUGUAUGUAUAUAUAAAAGGAAUACAUAUAAAAAUGAGUUAUGUAGGUGUGUGAAAUAAAUAAAACGAAAAUAAUGUUUGAAUAAAUUGAAUGUCGAUAAAAGUUGUAGACUUGCAAUGUGUGCAGUUGUUUUUAUUUCUUUGCCUUUGAGAUAUAAAAAUAUGAAGUAUAAAAAAUUGCUUUGUGUUUGUAGUUUGUAAGUUGGAUGUGCAAAAAUGCUUUGUAAAUGUUAAAAACCGAUCAAAAUAAAUGCAAGCUUAACACAAUUAAUACAGACAAUGAAAGCAAAAUGUUUCGAACUGUGUAAGAUUACAGCUGAUGGCUUGUGAACUGAUUUUUAUUUCAAUUUUAAUUAAUUUGCCAUAAAAUGCACUUAAAUUGAAUGUUUAAUUUAAUUUCAUCAAAUUUUUAGAUUUGUAAAUCUAUUUUUGUAGAAUACAUAUUCAUACUGAUCAAAAAUUAUGUAAGUAGAUUCACACAAGAUUAAGAAAAAACUGCAACCCACUCACUUUUUAGAUCAUCAAUCUUUGCUAUUAGCAUCGACUUCCUCUAUUUACCUUUGCGCAUAUCGCCCGCAUAUCCAGAAACGGAAUAACUAUUAUGGAAAGUGUGUACUAUACAUCGUUUACCUACUACUCUUUCAUUAAAAUACAAUAUUUCAAUUAGUUAAAGUUCAAUCAAACGCAACGCAGUGAUUCAUAUAACCGUUCAUGCACUAUACCUAUAUGAACCAACAAUGAGAACACCAACACUUUGUUGUUGUUGUUUUUUUUUUUCAAUUUUUAGCAGACACGACAGAGUAGCAAAUUCUUGCAAGCGUUAAUAUACGUAAACUCAACUGAAGAUAUUUAUGCUUCAAACGAACACAUUAUUUCACCAACUCUUUUUCAAUAGACUAAACACAAAUUAACCGAAAUUUAAUAUGGCAAAAGUUAAAUUCACUUGAACGAAUUUAUUUCCGCAAAAAGCGACGCGUAAUGGCGGGCCGAACAAUGCAUUUCCGUGCGUUACGGCGAUUUGAAAUACGAAUAACACAGAGUGGUCAAAAAGCAUUAAAUUCUCAGAAGAAAAGAAAAUAUAGGAAUAGUUUAUAAAUACAUAUUUCCAUUACACGAAAUUUCAAUGAACAAUUAUCUAAAUUAAUAAAAUAAAUAUUAUAUCAUACACAACGUGUUGGCAGACCUUUUGUGUUUACUCCUGUCUAUUGGCUGAGUAACUGUGAUGCAUACUCGUACAGCAAAGUAUCCAGAUCAAUUGUCACAACACCACAACUCAGCUUUGUUUGUUUUAAUUCAAUCACGUUGUGAUCUUACAUAUUUGCGAACUUCUGCUAGGCCACAGUUGAUUUUUUGAAACUUUAAAAAUUUAAUUUUUUUCACAAAUACCUAAAUUUUGCUAAUAAUAUUUUUAAAAUAUGUUACACUUUAUAUACAUAUAAUAAAGAUGGAUUAAUAUACAAUUAGUCGUACAGCCGCAUGUUGCAAUAUACUUAAUAUAUACUUACAUACAUACAUUCAUAAACAUAAACAUGCAUAUAUGGAAAUAAUAAUUAAUUAAAUACAUACAUAUAUUUGUAAGAAAGCUUAGAGGUACACCAAAAAAGCAUAAGGAUACAUAUUUUUUUUGCGGGAUUUAAAGCUACAUUCAUAACGAAUAUCAUAUUUGAACUUUGCUAUUGUACAGUUACGGUGAAUUGAUGUAAGUGUGCUCGUAGAUUAAUACAAUCGAAAUUAAAAUGAGUAUAAAGGAGUUCAUUAACUCUAGUUGCAGAUUUACUACCUGUAAAAGUGGAUGCAAAUAAGCGUUUUUAGUCAUUGCAAGGCAUACAUACGAAGGCAAUGUUAAUGUAUUUGUAUAUAAAGCGAAAAUAUGCCCCACAAAAUUUGAAGUAAGACUUUUGGCGUUUUUCAAAGCUUUAAUGUAAUUGAAUUACCCGCUUUUAAUAAGCUCCAACACAUUACCUUUAUUCAAUUCAGUUACGCUAUGCUAAUUUGGCCACAAAUGCAUGCAUGGAUGCCGGUUAAAUUAAAACGCAUUAAGAAAGGGUUACAGUAGCAUCGAAAUAACAUUGCCGUUUUUUAUAAAACUCUUAAAUAUAUUCUUGCUCAUAAAAAAGCUAUCUCAACAACAAACACCACUUAAAAAACUAUAAAUGCUAUCCUACAGCUAAAAUAAAAUACCAACUAGCACUUGAAACAAUUUUCAGCAGGCCACUUUACUUCUCGACCUACAAACUUGACUUAACUUAACUUAUAGCUAUUGUAAGCCAUCAUGAUUCAUAGAAACUUUAAUGCAAAAUAAGCCAAAUAAAAUAAGACAAAUAUGGAAGAAAACAAAAAAUAGUUGAAGAUCAAAGUAAUGGCUCAUAAGUUUACCAGAGGUACUUAUAACGUGGAGAUACUCAUAUAUGUAGUAGUUACGAAUGGAAAAAAAAGUAUUUUCUCUUUCACAUCUCAAAUUAUGUACUUUGCUGUAACUAAUAAGCACAGAUUCAAAACUCACCAGCCCAUCAAAGUAUUCACAAAUAAAAACAUAUAAAUAAAAAGCAUAUUUAAAGCAAAAAACUGCACGCAUAAUUUUUAAUUAAACCACAAAAUCUAUAAAACCAAAACUCACUUAUCCUCAAACACUCUUAAGUACAUACAUACAUAGUACGAUAGGUUUAUAUUGAAAUAAACAUACGUAUAAUCAUAGAGCAGAGCAAAUGAAAAACGAAUAUAAAAUAAGGUACGUCAUAAGGAUGAAACUUUGUAAUUGCUAGGUAAUUUGAGAAAUUAAACAUUAAAUGCUUUGACAAA